AUGCAAGAUGACAUUCUAACAUGGAUGCUAACAGUCAAGGAAGCCGUGUACUACUCAGCUCAACUCCAACUUCCCAACUCAAUGCCCAAAGCUGAGAAAAAAGAGAGAGCUGAGAACACAAUAAGGGAGAUGGGGUUGCAAGACUCCAUGAACACAAGAAUAGAAGGUUGGGGAAACAAAGGCCUAAGUGGUGGCCAGAAGAGGAGAGUGAGCAUUUGCAUAGAGAUUUUAAUACGCCCGAAACUUCUCUUUCUUGAUGAGCCGACAAGUGGACUUGAUAGCGCCGCGUCAUGCUAUGUCAUGAGCAGAAUUGUGAAACUUGCCAAGCAAGAUAGGAUGACACUGAUAGCUUCCAUCCAUCAACCUAGCAGUGAAGUGUUUGGUCUCUUUCACAACCUUUGCUUCCUCUCUUUGGGCCAAACAAUAUACUUUGGUUCCCCUUGUGGAGCAAAUCAGUUUUUUGCAAUGAAUGGUUUUCCAUGCCUAACGCUCCAAAAUCCAGCUGAUCACUAUUUGAAAAAAAUCAGCAGAGACUUUGAUAAGGAUAUUGAACAAGGUGAUGAUGUUGGAAAGAUGACAAUUGAGGAAGUAAUUGACGUUCUUGCUGAAUCUUACAAAUCAUCUGAUAUUUGCAAGCAGAUUCAUAGACAAGUAGUUGAGAUAUGUAGACGGGGUGGAGGAAUAAUAGAGAAAAAGGGAAGCCAAGCUAACUUCUUUACCCAGUGCCUUGUUCUUACAGAGAGCAUAGUAGUUAUUUUUAGUCCACUAGUCCAAUUUCUCAGACUAGAAUGUCCAGUUGAGGGGAUUGUGGAUCCACUCUGA